AGGAUGGUGGAGGAGACGGCCGCCCCUCUCAGGAACGCAUCGUCCUCCCGUGGAAACGACGAGAGUCUCUUCUUCCUCUGGAGGCUCACUCUCCUGGCCAGCGUGCUCAUCACCACUAUAGUAGUAGACGUGCUGGGCAACCUGUUGGUCAUCGUGUCGGUUUUCAGAAACAGAAAACUCAGGAAAACAGGGAAUGCCUUUGUGGUGAGUUUGGCUGUAGCAGAUCUUGUAGUUGCCAUCUACCCUUACCCAUUGGUCUUAACUGCAAUCUUCAACAAUGGCUGGAUAGCAGGAAACAUCCACUGCCAAAUCAGUGGCUUCCUGAUGGGGCUCAGCGUCAUCGGCUCCAUUUUUAACAUCACUGGCAUCGCCAUCAACCGCUACUGUUACAUCUGCCACAGCCUUAACUAUGACAAGAUUUUCUCCAAAAAGAACACUGUGUGCUACGUGGUGCUUGUGUGGGCCUUCACCAUCCUGGCCAUUGCGCCCAACUGGUUUGUGGAGUCUUUGCAGUAUGAUGCCCGUGUCUAUUCAUGCACAUUUGCCCAGUCAGUCAGCUCGCUCUACACCAUCAUGGUGGUGGUGGUGCACUUCAUCCUGCCCAUCAGCAUUGUCACCUACUGCUACCUGCGCAUCUGGAUUCUGGUCAUCCAGGUGCGCAAACGGGUCAAACCUGACAACCGGCUCAAGAUCAAGCCACAUGACUUUCGCAACUUUCUCACGAUGUUUGUGGUGUUUGUGCUGUUUGCUGUGUGCUGGGCUCCACUGAACUUCAUUGGCCUGGCAGUGGCAAUCCAGCCCAAGCUGGGCCAGGCCAUUCCUGUGUGGCUCUUCACAGCCAGCUACUUUAUGGCCUAUUUUAACAGCUGCUUGAACGCAGUUAUCUAUGGUGUACUCAACAAUAAUUUUCGAAAUGAGUACAAAAGAAUUGUGCUCUGUCUUUUUAAGUUCCAUUGUUAA